AUGUCUAUCCUGUUCACCAGCAUGGUGGUGUCAGCCCUGCUGCGGCCACUUUGCUGGGAGCUGGCACCACCUCUGAUCGGGGUCAUUGCAACGGCCUCAGCUCAUCGCCUUGCUGACACCCAUGUGCUUGUGAAUCAGCUGGGAACUUGUUCCAUGCAGAUUCCGAUUCUGUACUUCAGAAUCACAGCUUUCCUUGGGGGCCCCACCACUGAGGAUACUGCGGCCCUGAUCGCCUUGCCCCGACUAUCCGGCGUCCGGAAGGAGCUGCGGCUGGAGGAGCUCGGUGGGCGGGGCCCAGGCCUGGCCAAGUGUACAUCUCAUACCCUGGCCGCCGCCUUCGGUUCAGGGCUGGACACAGGCCCCGAGUCAGAGAGGGGCAUUUGGGCCACAGAAACACCCCAGAUAUUUCUCUUCAAUGCCUUCCUCAACUUUGUCAUGAUUUCUUUCAGUCUACAGGCUGACACUGGGUUCUGGAAACAGAGGGGCAAGGAUCAAGGUGGCUUGUUCAUCACUGCAGCGGAGAAGCACUCGGAGCCCCAGAUAGUGGACCCCAAAGCAGACCUCAGUGCCCUGCGCCCGUCAGCCCAGAGGGCCUGGCAGGCCUGGUCCGGACUCUGCUUCCCUGUGCUGCCAUCACAGAUGAGGAAACCUAAGCUCCAAGAGGCCGAGUGGACCCUCUGGCUCCGCACCUGGUACCUGGAGGGGCUCGGGGGGGACCCUGGAGGCAGAGUCACCUGCUGGCCCUGCCCUGAGUGGACGGUUCAGGGCCGGCCGCUGCCCACCACUCCCCUGGUCCAGGCACCAGAGCAUUUACAGGAGGGAGGAGAUCUGAGCCCAGGGAGGCGGCUCCCAAACAAGGCCGCCUUGUGUGGCUCUCUGAGGGCCUUUCAGAGUCGCCCCUCCUCCCCGGAAGCCCAGCUGCAGCCCCUCCUCACAAGGACCUCUGGGCCCUUCCCCAGCUAG